UACACUCCAGUCUUGCAAGACGUUCCCCUCUCAACAGUUUAACAACUGACAUCACCAUGAACUGGACUGGUCAGUUUCUAGGUCUGGUCUGCCUGGCCUUGACCCAGACCAAGGUGAACUCCGUCAAGUACGGGGACGCUCAAAUGGUUCACGAGUGGACAACAGUGGACAUUGACUGGCCUUCUGAGGCGGUGAAACAGGAAUACAUCAGGAACGGUUCUUUCGUGGCGGAGAAAAAUAUCAUAACUGGGAUCAAGGUGUAUAAAAACCAGAUUUAUGUCACCAUUCCAAGAUGGCGCUUCUUGAUUGGGAUACCUGUUACCUUGGCCAGGGUUAUACAAUGUCAAGGUCGAAGCAAACUGAGACCAUUUCCUGACUGGACAUCCCAAACUGUUGGUGACUGCCAGGCGUUGCAGUACGUGCAGAGUAUGGAAAUAGACCCCAAUAGCGGCUUAAUGUAUGUGUUGGAUACAGGCAGAAUUGGUAUAUUGUCAAACGCCGUCAAGCCGGAGAAUUUGUGUCCAGCAAAGAUUGUUGUUCUAGACCUGAACACCAACAAACAAGUGGCCAGUUACGACAUGCCUGCUGAUGUAGUCAGUAGGGACAAUAACUUUAUGAACGACAUUGUACUGGAUUACGUUGACGGUCAGGUGAGAUACGCUUACAUUACCGACGUUUUAGAGGAAGUGAUCCACGUGUUCGACUUUCUUACGGGAGCAGCCUGGAGCGUAAAAGACGCGGAUUCUAUGAAAGCACAAACAAACGGUGAAGUUUUUAUGAAUAACGGUGUCAACUACACGUUUACCGUGGGUGUAGACGGUAUAGCUAUGUCGCCUGACUUUGACUACGUGUACUACUGCCCCCUAGCGGGCUAUAAACUCUACCAAGUUCCCACGUCGUCUCUGAGGAACGGUAGUGCUCAAGGGGUAAGACCUGUGGGGAAAAAAGUCUCACAGAGUGGCGGUGUGAUUUACAGUGACAAGAGUUUCUACUACGGGGCUUUGGCCGACAACGCUGUGUAUUCCUGGGACGCCCAAAAAGAUGCCAGAGACCAGAAUGUGAAUAUUGGUCACGUGACAAUGAAAACACAGACGCUGGUUGCUAAGAAUGAUCGGACCAUGCAGUGGCAAGACACGUUUGCUGUUGACGAAUGCGGCUGGCUUUGGUUUGUCUCUAAUCGUUUGCAGUUGUUUUUCACAGACACCAUGGACUUUUCUGGGCAGGAGAUCAACAUGAGAAUUUGGAAAGUCUUUAUCAACGAAACCAGCUACCUUCGCGGCGCACGGGAAACAACUGGCUCCGGCGGUGGCAGUACAAACACACCGGGAUCUAAAAGCACGACAACGCUUUGCCCUUCUAUUACAAUGGCCUUGCAACCUGACAGGGUAACUGGGUCAGGUCCUAGCAAGGUAACUGUGUCAACUCCUGACACGGUAACGAAGUCAACUCCCGACAAAGUAACUGGGUCAACUCUUGACACGGUAACUAAGUCAACUCCAGACAAGGUAACUGUGUCUACUCCUGCCAGAAAAACUGUCUCAGGUCCCAGUAGAACAUCUGGGUCAGGUUCUAGCAAGGUGCCUGGGUCAAGCCCAGUUCUUCCGACUCGGCCAGGUCCUACCGGUACCGUGACGUCAAACCCUGGUGAUAGGACUACGUCACCAGUCCUUGCGACAACCCCACGAGGUCAGCGUACAACCGAAUCUCCGAAUGGUGGAACUCUUGCCUAUCAAAGACUCGGAAGCCAUCUUUUGAUUGUCUCUGUAGUUCUCUCUCUGAAACUUGCGACUUGAAAGAAAAAA